GAAGUUGAGAAAUAAGGUAUUGUUGUCCGUAGAAAAUACAAAAUGUAAAAUAAAUGCCUCGUUAUAUCUGCUACUGCCAACAGAUGGCAGCAGAAGCUCGAUCGUCACAGAGUGAGGCAAAUGGAGAGAAGACGAAGAGGAUGAGGAAGGGAAGGAUAUCUAAUCUCGCUUAAAACCUGCAGGUGAUCGUGGAGACUUUAUUUCGGUAAUGUUUAAAGUUGUGCUAAGUGUUGGUGAUGCUCUAAAACACAUCUUCAAAGGUUGAGCACAGCUGUAAUGCCAAGAGUUCCUCUGCAGUGGGUGUUGUGGGAUAUUAAAGACACCCUGCUGAAGGUGCGGGGGUCUGUGGGAGACCAUUACUCCAAGGAGGCUGAAAGAUGGGGCCUGAGCCUGCAUCCUGCAGAGAUCAACGCUGCUUUUCAGGAGACGUAUCGGCGUUAUUCCAGCAGAUACCCAAACUAUGGCAGCUCCCAGGGUCAGACCGGACAGACUUGGUGGAUAGGAGUCAUGCGAGACACUCUGGCUGAGUGCAAAGUCAAUGAUCCAGCUCUGCUGAACACAAUGGCUAACAAUCUUUACCAAGAUUUCUGCAAUGCAGAAAAAUGGGAGGUAUUUCGAGACUCCAAGACGGCCCUUGAACGAUGUUCCUCUCUUGGACUGAAGCUGGGCGUCGUGUCUAAUUUUGACAAUCGCCUCGAAACGAUUUUACGCAGCUGCGGGCUGCUGUCGAGCUUUAGCUUUGUGGUUACAUCGGAGGAGGCCGGCGUGGCGAAGCCCAGCCCGGCCAUCUUUCAUCAGGCCCUCCAGAAAUGUGGCACAUCCGCUGACAGAGUGGCUCAUGUUGGGGACCACUAUGUGUAUGAUUACCUCGCAUCUCGCUCUGUGGGAAUCCACGGCUUCCUUUUAGACAGAGACAACUCGCACAAAGAAGGCGCUGUUCCUCAGGAACACCGGGUUGUGACAUUGGAUGAGCUGCCGUCACGCCUUCAGGACCUUAUGAUCGAAUGACGCAAGAAAAAAUCUGCACAUCCAAUUAGGCCUGUCACAAAACUAACUUCGCUAAUUUGUCUCAGUAAUGAUCGCGAUAAAUGAUAAAGUUGCUGUUUUUGAGAAACAUAUUGAUAAUAAAAAAUUAUAAUGCAAAUUUGCCUUUUUGAGGGCCAGUAAACAGUAAAGUUUAACACUGGAACUUAAAUACAUUUUAAAUAUCCAACUUAAAACAACCCAAAACAUUAAAAUAAAAAUAAAAAAACACACUCAGCCGAAACCAUAAAAAAAUGGAUUACGACGUCUCUAUAAACAAAUUUUCUCCUUAAAAAAAUUCUUAAUCAUCAGAAUAUAAUUUAUUGAACUCAUUUUAAUUUGUCAUGCAAUUAAUUAAUACGAGUCAGUUGGGAGUUAAUAUCCAUGUUGGGCUUUGUGAAUCCAAGUGCUUCUUCACUAAUGUGAACUCUGACAGAUUCUCUUGCAGCAGUGAUAUAUAAAUGAAAUGUACAGUAUGUGUUCAUGGGUUACGCCGCCAGUACAGAUGUUUAUAUUCAAUAAUCUAUGUCCCAAAAAUGAUUAUUUGCCUAUAUGGUUAUAACACACUGUGGCCAUUAAAAUGCAAGGGUCAUAUUGAAAAUGAACCUAAAGGACAAAUAAAUGUAAACAUUUUUUGCAAA